UAACCUUACCUCAAAGCAGCUAAUAUGAUAAAUAAAUAAAUAAAUAAAAGAAUAAACAAAAUAAGACCGCGCGCAAAUCUCCCGUCACUUGUUUCAGUUAUUUUGUAUUGGCUGUUGGCGAGUGUCUUGACGGGGUCCAUCGAGGCUCCCCUAUUUUACCGCUUCCUGGCCACUCCCGCUCGUGCCAGCUGACUUGACCACCACCAUUAGUUUCUUUAGGCACCCUAGCAUGACGCCGGACUAGUAAAAGUGAGGAAGUGACUUUGAAAACGGAGGAAAAAGGCGUUAAAUGUGUGGUGAUGGCGGUGAUGUCGGUGGCGGUGGUGAACAUUUAUUUUUUUGUAUUUUUCGUUCGUGGUUUAUUUCCCGCGUCUAGCAAGAACAUCAAAGCAAAUUGGAUAUCCACAGGUGUCCCCGGGUAAAGGAUGGAGGUGCCUGCUGCCCGAUGUGGCUAUGGCGGCGGCGGCGGUGGCAGUGGCGACGGCCCAGCAUUUCGACGCGCCCCUCCCUCCCGUCAUCCCCUUCAAGUCCCUCCCACGCGACCUCCUCACGCAGGACCCCUACGCCCACCUCCCCUUCUUUGUCCAGGACUCCCAUGACGUCCUGCACAACCAGAUCCUCCCGCCAGCCCCCUUCGGGUCGCCCCCUUCCCCCUCCUUCCAUCCUAAGUUCUCACAGCCUUUGCCCUUCCCUCCCUCACAUUCCAACCCUCAGCCCUUCCAUUCCCCUCAUGCCCCCAAAUUUCAGCCCUUCCCUCCCUUACAUCCCUCCAGUUCUCAGCCCUUCUCCCAUUCAUCUAAGCCUCAGCCCUUCCUUCCCUCCCACGCCUCCAAUCCUCAGCCCUUCUCCUCUUCUCAUGACUCCUCCUCCUUCCGAUCCCAUUCCUCCAGCCCUCUGACAGGACUCCACCAGGCUCCCCCGCCCCCUCAUCCUCACCAGACCCCACCGUCCACCCUCUUCAGGCCUCUCGGGCCCCCGCCCACCACCGUCGUUGACCCUCCCGCCGUGCACACCUUCGGCGGCUCCCUGGAAAAGUUCGGGUCCCUGGACAACUUUGGGCCCCCGGACAAGUUCGGGCCCCUGGACAACUUCGGGCCCCCGGACAAGUUCGGGCCCCUGGACAACUUCGGGCCCCCGGACAAGUUCGGGCCCCUGGAUAAGUUCGGGUCCCUGGACAAGGUUGAUGAAGUCCUCCCGCAGGAGCAUGCCGGGCCCGCCUUCCCGCCCUCCUCGGAUCCCCCGCGCUUCCCCUCCCACGGCUACGACAUUGAGUCCUACUUCAGCGACUUCCCCUCCUUCGGCUUUUUCGACUUCGAUCCUGACAAGGGAGGGCCAUCGGACAGCAGGCCCCUUCCCCCCUUCCCGACCUUCCCCGAGGACCUGCCUAUCGAUGAAGUCACGAGAGACACCUUUCCCGGCCAGCACGCCCCCGCCCAUCCCCCCAAGGACCUGUUUAAGUCCCUCAAUGCCUUCACACAACGCAGAGGUCGCUCUUUUGCCCCAGGUAUCUUCCGCAGUCGAGUGCCGCGGCGGGCUGCUCCCUUCCCUCCUCCCCCCGCCAUGCCCACUUUCCCGAAGCCCCGCCCUGAGUCCCAUGUCCCUUAGACUGCCACCAGAGGGCCUUGCCAUAUUCUAGGUGGUGUUAGUGUUUCCUCCACGCCAUAGGUCACUCUCCUUCCUCUGCUAUCAGACUAAUGUUUUCCAGCUGAUUCUUCAUACAGAUGAGCACAUUGAAAUUUUCUCACCGUUUUCCCACCAUUGGGCUGAAUACAUCUGAUUUUCCCCUCUGUGUCGCUAAAUAUUCCCUACCCUACACAUUUUCCCUCCCAUCUCUCUAGAGUCUAAACUGCUUCAUGUACCUAAAUUUCUUUGCUCCCUCGGGCUAGUGUGGGUGGCAUCGCGCAUCUCCCUCUGGCUUUCCGAGGGAUCAUUUUUAUUUAUUGUUGUUGAUCGACCGCCGAAUCGUCUAGUCAGUGUUUAGGAGCCAUUUAGGGGCCAGAAACUUAUUCUCGCUGCCGGCACACGAGGAAGAUUAUCUCGAGUCCUCAUUCUUGUAAGUCGGGUCCGCCAUAUGUGUUGGUGUCCAGAAUAACUUCGCUGUUGUCUUAAGUAGUAAUGUAACUUAUUCGUCUUACAGGAGUUGAUAAAUUUAUACGUAGACUUUCGUUCACUUUGGUAUAUGUUGUUCUGUUGUUGUUCUUCCCCAUUGCUGAACUGCCAUAUAAUAAUAAUAAUAAAAAAAAAAAAGGUUUUAUACUGUG